AUGCUCUCUACAAUCGCACCACACCCACCCACACUACAGGAGCCUCUGUCUAAAGGCGAUGUCACUUUGCCUUUGGAAUCCCAAGAGCCUUCGACAAUUGACGAGCUUGUUCGUCAGCGUGCAUCACUUGGGGCCGCUCAGCCCAUCAUCUCCUAUCCGAGCCCCGGCAUCGAAUAUGCGGACUAUCCACUGCAGCAACUGGAUGUCUUCGCAUUCCGCGUCUCCAAGGUGCUAUCAGAUCGCAUUCCGCCCCGGAAGUCGUCAGCUGAAACCCCCAAAGUCAUCGCUUUACUGGGGCCAUCUGACCUCAACUACCUGGUGAUGCUGCUUUCCCUAGCUAAGCUGAGUCACAGUGGACUGCUUUUAUCAACCAGGAUAUCCGUGGAUGCUUACGUCUCGCUACUGGAGAAGACCGGGUCAAGGCAUAUCUUCAUUCAUAGCUCUUUCCGGGACACCGCUGAAGAUAUCAAGAAGCGGGUACCUGAGCUUGUCAUUGAUGAGAUUCUGACUGAGGAAAACUAUCACCAUCCCAUUACGGAGGAUGUCGACACGAACCUGGUCCCGCACCUUGACCCGAAAAUUGAGUCGAAGCAUAUCGCAUGGAUUAUUCAUUCGAGUGGCUCGACUGGACUUCCGAAGCCUAUUUUCCAUACCCAAUCUGCCGCACUGAAGAAUUACUCGGGACAUAUGAACAUGUCGGGGUUCGUUACUUUGCCGCUGUACCACAACCAUGGAAUCAGCUGUCUCUUCCGGACAAUUCACGCUAAGAAACAGCUGCAUCUCUAUAAUGCCAAUAUUCCAUUGACCAGGCAGUACCUGCUUGAGAUUAUGGGCUCGAACGCUUUCGAGAUCUUCUAUGGUGUGCCGUAUGCACUGAAGUUGUUGGCUGAGACACAGGAGGGAAUAUCCGCUUUGGCUAAGCUUAAGGCCGUCAUGUUCGGAGGGUCGGCAUGCCCAGACUCUCUGGGCAACUUGCUGGUCGAUAAUGGUGUUCAUCUCAUCAGUCACUAUGGAUCAACUGAGACCGGUCAGCUCAUGAUGUCCACCAGGCCUCGCGAAGACAAGGGAUGGGACUGGCUCCGCCCCUCUGACUAUGUCAAGAAAUUCUUGAGAUUUGAAGAGCGCUUUCCGGGAGUAUUCGAACUAGUGUGUCUAGAUGGCUGGCCCUCCAAGGUCAUGACAAACCGGCCGGACGGCUCCUACGCCACCAAGGACCUGUUUAUCAAACAUCCCACCAUGGAAGCAUACAAGUACUAUGCUCGUCUGGACGAUACAAUCAUCCUAUAUAAUGGAGAAAAGGUCAACCCACUUGACCUGGAAGGACGAGUCCGGCAGCGCAGCACUGUUGCCGAAGCCAUUGCGUUCGGAGCAGGCAAAGCUCAGAUCGGACUGGCUGUCGUCCGCGCACCUGGCACCGAGUCACUCUCCGAUGAAGAGGUCAUUGACAGUAUUUGGCCAGCUGUUGAGAAGGCUCAUGAGGCGCUACCUGCGUUCGGACAGCUCUCGAAGAACAUGGUUCGAGUGUUGCCUGCAGACACUCCCUACCCUCGGACUGACAAGGGCACCAUCAUCCGUCAAGCCUUCUACAAGAACUUCCAACCUCUGAUUGAAGAAGUUUAUGCCGCUGUGGACGCCAUGACGGGCACAUUGGUUAUGUCCGAGUCUGAGCUGAGGGCCUUCCUUAGAAAGCAACUUCUCCAGAUCCUGCCCCUCAAGGAUUCCAGUCUGCUGACCGACGAUGCCGAUUUCUUCUCCCUGGGCAUGGACUCCCUACAGGCCAGCCAGCUGCGCACUGUGCUCGUCCAGAACUUGGACACCAAGGGGCAUCAACUGGGGCUCAACAUUGCCUUCGAGCAGCCCACUAUUGCCGUGCUCGCCCGCUUUCUAGCCGCUGUACAGUCCGGAGAAGCCCUCCCAGAUUUUCAACCGAUCCCUGAACAGAUGCGUGCACUCAUCUCACAAUUCAGCCACUUUGAACCACAUUUUCCACUUCCCAAUGACCUUCCCGGUCGUUACGUCGUCCUCACCGGCGCCACCGGCUCCCUCGGCAGCCACGUUGCACAUCAACUCGCGCAGAACCCCUCCGUGAACAAAGUCUACUGCCUUAUCCGCGCCUCCUCUCCCAUCGAAGCCUACAAGCGCGUCCACGACGCUCUCCAAGCCCGCCACCUCUACACCCCUCUCUCAUCUUCCUCCAAAGCCAAGCUCAUCGCCCUCCCCGCCCCAGCCCUAUCCCACCCAACUCUCUCCCUCCCGGAAGAAACCUACAACACUCUCCUCACCGAAACCACCGACAUCAUCCACUGCGCCUGGCCCGUCAACUUCAACCUCCAGCUCAGCAGUCUCGCACACGACACUCUCCCCACCCUGCACAACCUCCUCACUCUAGCCCUAAAAGCCCAGCGCCCCGAACCCGCCACCUUCAACUUCUGCUCCUCCGUCAGCAGCGUUGUCAACAGCACCGUCUCCCCCAUCCCGGAAUCCCUGCCGGACUCCCUCACCGCCGCGCAAUCCAUGGGCUACGCACAAUCCAAGCUCAUCGCAGAACACAUCUGCGCCAACGCCACGCCCUACCUGGAUGCCCGUGUCCUCCGUAUCGGGCAAAUCAUCGGCGACACCAAGCACGGGGUAUGGAAUGCCACGGAAGCAAUUCCGCUGAUGCUGAGGGCUGCGGUUACGGUGGGGGCGUUGCCGAGGCUAGAUGAGAGGAUGCGGUGGGUGCCGGUUGAUGUUGUUGCUGGGGCAGUAAUGCAUAUUACGCUUCACCAGGAGGAAAGUGCCGGGAGGAAGAAGGGGGUAGAUGAUGUGGAGGUGUAUAAUAUUCUGAACCCGUACAGCUUCCAUUGGACAAAGGAUCUGCUUCCUGCUCUGAGAGCUGCCGGGUUGGAGUUUGAGGAUGUGGAGUUCGGGGAGUGGAUUCAGCGGGUGAGGAAUGUGGCGGAUCCGGAGAGGAAUCCGCCGAUUAAGUUGGUCGGGUUCUGGGAGGGGAAGUAUGGGAGUAAGAAGCCGUUCAGUGGUUUGGAGUUUGUGACGGACAAGGCGAGGGAGAGGGCCGAAGGGUUGAGAGGGUUGAGUGUGGAUGGGUUGGAGGGGGGGUUGGUGGGCAGGAUGGUGGAGUGGUUUAGGGAGGUUGCGUGGGUUUGA